UCUUACUCGCCUACUCUGAGUUGGAACGUGUGAGAUGUGUGAGAGCUUGAGAUUGUAGGGAACCGAGCAGGCACAUGGUUGCUCAUUUGUAAGUGUGAUCCCACUUGAGAAAGAGACAGUGACAAAGUGAGUGAGAGGGAGAGGGAGAGAGAAAAAGAGGGAAAGGUGCCAGUAUCAGUAAAAGAGAGACAGAAAUAAAGAAAAAGAAAAAAGAAGCAAGGAGAGAGUGCAAAGCAUUUUCACCUCUGGUACAAUGGAAGACUGUUCAGUGUCUUUCUGGAUUUACUUCGGAGUAAUGUUAAUCUUUGUUGGUGGAGCUGUGAAGAAGUUUCUGGCAUUCCAUAUCGGUGCCAUGCCCUCAGUGGUGGCAUGGCUGGGUGCCACUCUGCUGGUGGAGAGAAUGUGUGCCCUCUGCAUGCCCGCUGUGCUGGCAAGGUUGGUCCUCUGUGUGUCCUGCUGGCUGUACUUUACGUGGGCCACCCCCAAACCUUCCCUGCCAGUUGAGGGCAAGGCAGUCUUCAUCACAGGCUGUGAUUCAGGGUUUGGUAACGCUACAGCAAAGCGGUUAGAUGCAAUGGGGUUUGAAGUGUUCGCUACCGUAUUGAACCUGGAUGGGGAGGGAGCCAAUCACUUGCGCAGAGUCUGUUCAUCACGCCUUACCCUCCUGCAGGUAGACAUCACCCAGCCUCAGCAGGUACAACAAGCCCUCCUCGACACCAAGGCCAAACUUGGCAUGAGAGAUUUGUGGGGGCUUGUAAAUAACGCUGGAUUGUGUGUGAAUGUUGGGGAUGCUGAGCUCUCCCUCAUGUCCAACUACAGAGGAUGCAUGGAAGUCAACUUCUUUGGAACGCUCCAUGUCACCAGAACCUUCCUGCCCCUUCUCAGACAGGCUAAAGGCCGGAUUGUGACAAUCUCCAGCCCUUCAGGUGAGCAUCCCUUCCCUUGUUUGGCGUCGUACGGGGCUUCAAAAGCUGCCCUGAAUCUUUUUAUCAACACACUUCGUCAUGAGCUGGAGCCAUGGGGUGUCAAAGUCUCCACUAUCUUACCCUCUUCCUUUAAGACAGGGCAGAGCAGUAACACAGAGUACUGGGAGAAAGAGUACAAGAACCUGAUCCAGAACUUGCCACCAAGCCUUCUUGAAGAAUAUGGGGAAGAAUAUAUGCUGGAGACCAAGGAACUCUUUCAGAGUUACGCAAAAACAGCUAAUGAAGAUCUGAGUCCUGUCAUCAACACCAUUGUGGACGCACUCCUCUCUCCUCAACCUCAGGCACGAUACUACGCCGGGACGGGUUUAACGCUCAUGUACUUCAUCUGCAGCUACUUCCCUUUGAGCAUCAGUGACUGGUUCCUCCAGAAACUAUUUGUACAGAAGAAUGUAAUGCCUCACGGCCUUAGGAAACAGCAAGACCUGCGCCUCAACGACAACAACAACAGCAUAAAGAAGAACAUGAAUAACAAUAACAGCUUCACAAAAAGUAUAGAUUAGUUCUGGUAAAAAGUGUAAAAUAUCCUUUAGCACCACUAAUGUGAUCUACUUAUAGAGAUUUGUUUCCAUUGUGUAUACAUUACUUUUCUUUUCUCUUGUCUUGUUUUGUUGUAUAUUAUUGUGUAAUAUUUUGAGGGGAUCACUGAAUUGCACCAAAUCAUCUAUAGUAAACCCAGUGCUUAGAAGGAAGACACUCUUAAGCAUCAUUAAUAUAAUAAUAAUAAUAAGAAGAAGAAAAAUAGCCUACAGGCCAUUUUUAUAGCCAAUACAAGUUCUCAGGUGAGGCAAAAUCCAAACAGAUACAAAAUGUAUGGUUUAUUUAUUUUGCAGAAUGCAUCAACUCUGGGUAUUUGCUAUGGAUACACGUUAAAGUCCCUGUAAAGACAAAUCGAAAAAGAAAUUCUAAACACAUUAUAAAUGUUAGAAAAGUAUUGCUAGAACAU